AUGGUGAAAUAUGAAACGACCGUGUAUAGCACUAUGAUGGCCAACAGAAUCAUGUCACUACGUGGUCUGCGCAGUAAGAGGAAUAAUGCGAUAUAUGGUAAGGCCAACAAGGAUGAGAAUUCGUUACUUUUCAAAACGCAUUCUUAUGGGGAACGGUCUCAAAAUUUGACGCAGGAGCUAUCGGACAAUGAUUAUGCAAGCAGUAAUAGCUCACCUCCAGGACCGCAAUUCAGCAACAAGUUUAUUACGGAUAGUAACUUGGAUGUGGAUAGCAAGUACCAUGGUGUAGGUACUAGUAGUAGUGAUGAUAAGGAGACGCGGAAUGGAUCGUAUCCUUCGUCGCCGAUUGCAUCUAGUGGAGAUGGGUCUGAUCAAUUUUCGAUACAAGACAAUGUGCCGUUGCCGUACAAGGUACCUGAAGAAAAUAUACAGGCCUUGGAGGUUGCUGCAAGGCUGAAGGAUAUUCAUGAAGCGGUAGAGCAUGAUGAUAACGAUAGUCCAGGUGAUCAUUUAAGUAAGAAGAUGGUUUUCAGCGAUAUGCAGGACGAAGUUGCCCAGUAUGAGCAUAUGUUAAAGGUUAGGUUACGUUAUCAGAAGGACUUUAAGGUACCUCGUACUUUGUUCUCUGAUCAGUUGAUGGAGAAGGCGACCAAGCACAUAUACAUUGUGGAUGAAAUCUUGAAGGGAAGUCGAGUAUCUAUGUAUUAUGAUAAUGCACGUAAGGCCUUUAAGAAAUCUUCUAGGGCACUGCUCAGCGUUGAUGAAUUCCGUACUAUGGAUUUGAAGUGGUUUACAGCUGGGUACUUUGGCCUAAAAAGACAGAUCAGGUUAAGUUCCGAGGUCUUAAAUCGUUACAGAGAGGUGUUAUCUACACAUGUCAAUCCAACUGUUCGUUGGUGGGGCCCAACAGAUUUUUGUCGCUAUGUGCUUGCACCGGAGAUAUUGUCUUACGUUUGUAAGGAAGAAAUGGGAUUUACUGAUAUUGAUGAUGCAUGGACUUUUAUGGAGAAUACUGCGGAGUAUGGGCUUAUUGUAGCAGACGAGGAACCUCUUGAGACGUGGGAGAUUGAAUUUGAACAGAAGAAACUUGAUCGAUUAGGGUUAGAUUCAAGGUAUGGUAGUAUGCAUUACAGGCAACUUCCUGCUAGCGGAGCAGAACUUGAAACAUCAAAUACUGAAAGAAAACGAAGAAACAGCUGUGAAAAUGGGGCAACAGAGAACAGCCAAGUUUCAUCUGUCAGUAUGCCAAUAUCCAAACGAAGUAAACUUACAACCAAAAUACCUACAGAAUGA